GCUCGGCUCCCCGCGCGCCUCCCGUGCCCGCGCCCCGGCUGGGAAGCGCCGCCGCGCCCGCGGGAUGCGGCCGCCCGCCCGCUGCGGCCGCCGCCUGGCGCUCCCGGCACUGCUCGCGCUGCUCGCCGGCUCGCUGGCGUUUGCUUUGCUUUCUGAAGAUACAAAGAAAGAGGCCAAGCAGUCUAAGAAUUUCGAGAGAAAUGGUAGACCAACGAAAAAUGACCUAGAUUUAAAGGAAAUUGUAUUUGUUAUCCAGAGUCAAAGUAAUCCUUUUCAUGCAAAGAGAGCCGACCAGUUAAAAAAAAGCAUCUUGAAGCAGGCUGCAGAUCAUACACAGGAAUGCCCCAGUGUUCUCCUCCUUCAUCAGCUGGCCAAACAGGAGGGUGCCUGGACGAUACUUCCAUUGUUACCACAGUUUUCUGCGACAUACAGCAGAAAUUCAUCAUGGAUUUUCUUCUGUGAAGAAGAGACAAGAAUAAAAAUUCCAGAACUUUUAGAAACACUCAGAAGAUAUGAUCCUUCCAAGGAAUGGUUUUUGGGGAAAGCAUUACAUGAUGAAGAAUCGACAAUCAUUCACCAUUAUGCCUUUUCUGAAAGUCCUACAGUUUUCAAAUAUCCAGACUUCGCUGCUGGCUGGGCCCUUAGUAUUCCACUAGUCAACAAGCUUACUAAGAGGUUAAAGAGUGAAUCCUUGAAAUCCGACUUUACAAUAGAUUUAAAACAUGAGAUCGCCCUCUACAUCUGGGACAAGGGUGAUGGGCGGCCCCUGACGCCAGUGCCUGAAUUUUGUACAGAUGCUGUGGACACCAUCUGUGCUACCACUUUUCAGUCUUUCCUACCACGUUGUGGAACUCCAGUGAAGAAGGAGGAUAUUUUUGUUGCCGUUAAAACAUGCAAGAAAUUUCAUGCUGAUCGAAUCCCCAUCGUGAAGCAGACUUGGGAACAUCAGGCCAGACUCAUUGAGUACUAUAGUGAUUAUGCAGAAAGUUCCAUUCCGACGGUAGACUUGGGAGUUCCUAACACAGAGAGAGGUCAUUGUGGAAAGACAUUUGCCAUUUUGGAAAGGUUUUUGAAUUAUAGCCAUGACAAAAUUCCAUGGUUAGUCAUUGUGGAUGAUGACACAUUAAUAAGCAUCUCCAGGCUCCAACACUUGCUCAGCUGUUAUGAUGCCAGUGAGCCGCUGUUUCUGGGAGAGCGCUACGGCUAUGGCCUGGGCACCGGCGGGUACAGCUAUGUCACUGGGGGAGGAGGGAUGGUCUUCAGCAGAGAGGCCAUCAAGAGACUUCUCUCCAGCAAGUGCCGCUGCUACAGCAAUGAUGCUCCCGAUGACAUGGUCCUGGGGAUGUGCUUCAGCGGGCUGGGGAUCCCGGCAACACAUAGUCCUCUCUUCCACCAGAGUGCAUCUCCCAUCCCGUGCAGGUCCUCAAACCACACUUUGCCUGGUGUAUCCUUCUCUAUGCGAGCUGCUCCUUUCUCCAGCAUGUGGGGCCAGCUUCCAAGACUUGGAGCCAACCUCCUGGCUCGGCCUGUGGAUUACCCUCGGGACUACCUUUCACACCAGGUGCCCAUAUCUUUCCACAAACACUGGAACAUCGAUCCGGUCAAGGUCUACUUCACAUGGCUGGCGCCCAGCGAGGAAGAUGAAGCCAUGCAGGAGACUCUGAAAGCCUUGAAAGAAGAGUUGUAGGAGCAUGGAGAGCCCAGCCACGGGGACAACCAGACACUGAGACUGUGACCCCAUCCUGCCACGCUGGGCAUUGACUGUGUGCCACAGGGGCAGAACAUCCCCAGGCAGAGAUGGGAAUGAUGUAUGUGCUGUUUUUCAGGAAGCAAAAGAAAAGAAGUCAUGGGGGAAGCUUUUUUUUUUCUGGGAAAAAAUCACUUUCUUUUGUAUGAUGCGGUUAUUGCUAUCCACAAUGAGUACUGUGUGUUUUUCAGGCUGUGAUCCAGCCGCCUGGUGACUGUCCCAAGAGAAUAAACAGAACCACAAGUCCC